AUGGAGCUGGGGGAUAGGUUGGUGGAUCCAGCUACAAUAAGCUUGAACGAUAUAGACUGCACGACUGCAGGAAUUAUCGAAUCGAAAACCCAAAACACCCGACAUGAUCAAACUGUAACUACCGUCGUUGUUGGCAGAAAUGAGCACAAUCAGCAACCAGUCCAAAAUAGCCGCAAUGAGAACUACAACCGUGAACCAUUUCAAAAAAGCACAAUUCUCAAAAUCCAUCAGGAUAUGAUCAAACAGCGGCAAUUCCAAGACAGUUUCAAGAACAACACCAUCGAUAAUCGGUACAAUCAACCAAACCAAAAUGGUCUUGAUGUCGAAUAUCGCCAUGUUCGGUACCACCAUCAACCACUUCAAACCAGCACCAAUGUUGGCUCCAGCGAUGAUCUGAACAUUUCUGAAUCACUAAUCCAAGACUAUCACCAUGGCGACGUCAAUGAUUAUCAGUACGAGCCUCAACUACUUCCCAGUAGCACCAGUCGCAUGUACAAUCAACAACCAUUGUUGAGUAACUCCGAUACUGACGACAGCAAUGAUCCGUACACUAAUCAACCACAUAGCUCUAAUGGCAAACCAAUCAAUCCGUACAGACAAAGAUCAUUCCAAAACGGUGCAGGUUUCAACGCCAACAGUGAGCGUCGCCAACCAUCCCAUUCCGUUGAGUCAGUUAUCAAAAAGACAGAUCGCAGAAAACAAAAGUUUUCAACGGAUGAAAUGUCUUCUAAUAAGCAAAAGAAUUAUGAUCAGACUACCGUAGAUGCUGCGUACAGAAGAAGCAGGGGUUUUCAUGGUACUCAAUCGUCUUCAUCAUCUGACUCCCAAGCCUCGUCCUCAACCUCUGACUCCGAAACAUCUGAAUAUUAUGAAGCACGUCUGGCUGCCCCUCUUAAAAAUGGCGCUGCGCUCGACACCAAAGUUCUAUGCAACUCUAUUCUUCAAGAACUGGAAACCAAGAAAAUCCCACAAACAAUUUUCGCCAAAAGAGUCAUUAAUCGCUGCCAAGGAACGCUUUCCGAGCUUAUAAGAAAACCAAAACCAUGGGAUAGUCUCAAAUCUGGUCAUGGAAUUUAUGUCCGUCUUUACAAUUGGUACCAAUUGCCAGAGGAACAAAGAAUGGAAAUUGUUGAUAAGAAAAUUAAUUGGUCUGUUCCGGCGAAGAAGGAAAAUGCUCGCAAGAGAAAACGUACGACUGAAGGUCCCGCUCCAAAGAAGGCACGCACCGAGUUCCAUCCAGUUACAAAGAAUGCUCUGAAAACCAUCUACGAUGAGGAUCCAAAGCCAUCAAGCGAAAUGUUGGGUAUUAUUGCGGAAACUCUCAAAUUGGACAAACGCAGCGUUACGAAUUUCUUCCAAAACACUCGCAGACGGACCAAAUAUCAGAAGGACUGCAGUCGUCAUCCAGUCAACGAGUACCAAGAAGAAAAUCAACAAGGAGAUUGCUAUUGA